AUGCAAAAGUAUGAAAACUGUACGCCCAAGUUCGUGGAAGAGUUUAUAGAGCUGUACAAAAGUUUCCCGUGCCUGUGGCACCCAAAGUCUAAGCGAUAUGAGCACCAGAAGCAGAAUGCUUACGAGACACUGGUCGAAAAGUACCGUGAAGUUAAUCCGCAUGCAAGCAAGGAAACGGUUAAGCGGAAAAUAAACGCACUCCGGACCGGCUACCGGAAGCAGUUGAAACGGCUUAAAGGACCGUCCAAGCCGGGUACGCACCGUCAACCGACUUGGUGGUAUUUUGAGCUGUUUGACUUCUUAGACGACUACCCUAAGUGGUUGAAACGGGAGGAUUGUGUGGAAUCUACGCAUCUAGAACCGCUAACUUUGGAUGAUGCUGAGUACGAAGAUGACACAGAAGACAGCGACCGUUCGAAGGUAGUUGACGAAUUUCACGUAUCGGCGAAUACACGGAUUGCUCCACUACCGACAGAACCAUGCAGCAGCCGGUCUCAUCAUCAAUCCCGACCAAUUGAGACUUCACCACAUGACGAUCUGGAAGAAUUGGUUCAGCAAAAACUGAACGCCUUCCUGGAGAAUGAUCCUUCCGUUGUAUAUGGAAAGCAUGUCGCCCACAAGCUACGAUCGCUGAGUGAACAACAGAACACGUUCGCCCAAAAGCUUAUCAACGAUAUCAUAUUCGAGGCAGAGAUGGGAAAUUUAACCAGAAGGUGUACGCUUGUGGGGAUGCAAAGCAGCGAACUGCAAGUGCAGGACGAGGAGAUCAUUUCUUAG